GUUCACUAGGGUCUCCUGGAAUGGCAUAAAUAUACUUGCAAGUUCCAUAAAUAUCUAUUGAAUCGAACCCAUGUGAAUGGCGUUGCGAUUUCUCGAAUGUUUUGCAUCAAAUUAUUUACGGAUAAUGGCACCGUAAAGUGCUACUCAAUUCAAGCUUGUCCAAUGGGGGACUAAGUGAAGAAAUCACUUUCACGUAUUCUAACAAGCAAUGACACGUUACAGGAGCCUUGAAAAGCGGUAUUGGUAUGUCCUACUUAAUGUAAACUUUAUUAUUUUCCUUUUUAACCACAAGUUUUAGUGGAUAGCUGAACCGCGUUCAAUCGUGGCAUGCAUUAUCCUGUUCUAUUUGCAAAACGCAUACUUUUUUUUUCUUGUCCACUCGAAUUUCUAGGGAUUGUUCGAUGGACCUCAAAAGUCGACAAGUCACACCCUCUCUAAAAUGCAACUUGAAAUAGAUUCGCCCGGAGCCUGAAUAGCUUACAUUUUCCUAUGAUUGACGGGAAUCGAAAACCCAUUUAGAUAUUUCUCAACUUCUCACCACUUUCUUUUCAUUGACUUCAUAAAGUAAUGACCAGGAUUUGUUAUAAAAAUAGAAUCAGUCCAUUGGAUUCAUAUCAUAUUCAGUUGUUCUGUCCGGCAGUACGGGUCUAAGAAUUCUAUUUUAUUUUUUAGAAGAAAUAUUUGUUUAAGAACUGUAAAUCUUCAGUAAACACAAGAAAACAACUACAGAAUGCGGUGGCUUCUUCUGAUAUUACCUACCAUUGUCUGGGCCGUUCAUCGUGUACCUCAUUCAGUUAGUAUUGUGCCAAAAAGUGUUUGUGGAAAUCAGUUUGUCUGUAAACCAACAAGUCAGUGCUCAGUUUGGUACGCUGAAUUUUCUCCAUUGCCAUCAAAACCUUGCUAUGACCCUCGAGGUUCCAUGGGGAUCUGUUGCCCGGACAUCCUUCAUGUAAAAUCAAGAGCAGUGAAAUUUUCGGCAGCCCAAAAGAUACGCUUACCUUCACCCGUUCAACAUCUCCCGUCGAAACUUUUGGAACAAACUUCUCGUGGAGCUCGUGCGGAUUUAACGAACAUAAAAAUUAUCGAGGAAAAUCUAAACCGUAAUCAGCUUACUAUGAAUGAAAACUCAAUGGCCUGGACCCAUUCACUUAAUAUGGCCCCAUUAGAAAUUUCUAGCAUUCAGGGAGACAAAGCACUUUUGGUGGUAAAUGCUGCCCGUCGUUUACAAGACAAGUUGGCGCUUUCACCGGAACAAGCUGGACUUGGACUGCAAACAAUUGAUACACGGUGGAGUUUGCUACAAGAUACUUGCCCUUUGCCGCCUACUUGUUUAGUGGGAAAAUACCGAUCUUUCGAUGGAACGUGCAACAAUUUGCGGCAACCUUCGUGGGGCAGUGCUCUGACACCACUGGAACGUUUGGCUCCUCCGGAAUACGAUGACGGUAUAUGGCACCCCAGAAUCAGAAAUUCGGGCAAAGAGCUUCCAAAUGUUCGUGUAAUAAGGAGUGUACUCGUGACAGACAAAAACCACCCAGUUGUGGACAUGACCCAUAUGUUGAUGCAGUGGGGUCAAUUCGUGGAUCAUGACAUGAUUCAUGUUCCCUCCUUCCGCGCAGCCAACCAAUCGAACAUUGAAUGCUGCACUAAAGAAGGUGGAGUCCUACCACCAGAAAUGCGCCAUCCUCAUUGUUUCCCUAUAGACAUACCAGUCAAAGACCCUUUCUAUGGUCCUAGAGGCGUACGUUGUUUGAACUUCGUACGUUCAAUGAUUGCACCUCGGAUUGAAUGCCGAAUGGGUUAUGCAGAACAAAUGAACGAGGUUAACCAUUUUAUUGAUGCAUCGCAUAUUUACGGACCAACACCUGCCAUCGCUUCCAGUUUGCGUCAGUUUGCUAGAGGACUUUUGAAAGUUUCGAUCAUCGAAGGACGACCAUACUUACCAGAAGAUCCCCUGGAUAAAAGCUGCGUGGGUCGGACUCCUGGAUUGGGUUGCUUUUUAUCAGGUGACACGCGCACAAAUCAAAUUAUGACGCUCACCAGUCUACAUAUUAUCUUCCUGCGUCAACACAAUACCCUAGCCACUAAGCUGGGGUCUAUUAAUCCGCAUUGGAGUGAUGAAGUUCUUUAUCAGGAGACUCGACGAAUUAUUGGUGCUUUGAUGCAACACAUCACUUAUAAUGAGUUUCUUCCUUCUAUACUCGGCCGUCACACAAUGGAAAUCUACGGUUUGACUCCCCAAACCGUUGGUUUUUCAUCAAGCUACGACGAAAAAGUUAAUCCAUCUAUUACUAAUGAAUUUGCCGCUGCUGCCUUCCGCAUGGGUCACUCCCUCAUUCAGGGAGCUAUGAAUCUUGUGGAGGAAGACGGUAAAGUCCGUGUGGAGUUAAUGCGUAAUUGGUUCAACAAUCCCCACCUGCUACGCCGAGCUGGCAAGAUGGAUGCCGUUUUACGUGGUAUGAUUGAUCAGUGGCCCCAAGAAAUGGACGAGUGGGUAUCAGAAGAUGUCACAAACCACCUCUUCCAAAGACCCAAAACGGAUUUUGGAUUAGACCUGGUAUCUCUAAAUGUAUGGCGUGGUCGUGAUCAUGGAUUACCUGGCUAUAACACUUACCGCCAAAUAUGUGGUUUGCCGCGCAUGACAAGUUUCAAACAGCUUUUAACAAUCAUGGAUCGUUCAGUAGUGGACCGUUUGGCUGCCGUAUAUCGCUCAGUCGACGACAUCGAUCUUUACAUUGGUGGUCUCGUUGAACACCACUUGCCUGGCUCAAUGCUCGGCCCCGUCUUUUCGUGUAUCAUUGCUGAACAGUUUGCCCGUUUGAAAGAGGGUGAUCGUUUUUUUUACGAGCACGGUGGAUACCUCAGUUCAUUUACACCAGCGCAACUACAAGAAAUUCGACGAAUGAGUUUAGCUGCUAUUAUCUGUGACAAUGCCGAUCACAUAGUGAAAAUGCAACCAUUAGUUUUCCGUCAUCCAUCUCCAAUGAAUCCGCGCGUUAACUGUAAUUCGGCGCAUAUUCCUCGUCUGAAUCUUGCCGCCUGGAAACAAUUAACUCCUUAUUAAAUAUUUCAGUUAUAUACAUAAUGUGUGGAUAGACCGUCGGUUGGUGGUUUCCAAGAACGUGGGUUCCAACUUCACCUGAUUCAAUUGCAAUAAGCGAUUCACAUCGUAGGAUUUAUUUUCUCCGUCUAAUUUACGCACUGAAAUGUUAAUGCAUUUUCGACUAAAAUUCAAUAUUUUUAAAAGUGUGAAAAGGUUAUUCACAAGUGAGGAUGAAAUAUAGCCUGUAUAUAUUUACGCAACGUGUCGUUAUGUGUGAUCAUCGCAUUUUGACAAUGUAGUUCUCUGAUGAAUCCAGAAAAUCGACCAUCCCACUCAGUUUGGGAAGGAAUCAACAGCCCUAUAUUUACUUAUGUGUGGCAGCACAGAAGUUUCUUGCCAAUAUCAUAUAUUUGCUAGUUUCAGUUUUGAGUCACAAAUGUAAUUUACCACAUACCGCUUCCAA